CUUAAUUUUUGUGCGUUUAAAGUUCUAAUAAUUUUUUGCCGUUUCUCUUUCUUAAGGUUUUUCCUUCAUUUUUUCUUGUGAAUUGCUUCUACCCUUUGUGCAUAAUAAACACAGUAGUUUUGAAGUAUUCGAAUCAGAAAGAAAGCUAAGUUAUCAAGAAGAUGGGUUUUCCAAAGGAAGAGAAAUCCAAGAGGGUAUUGAGAGGUGUGAAGAUUGUGUUCUUCUUGAUCACGAUGGUUUUCUCACUUCUUAUUUUCUCUGCCCCAGUUCUAUCGGUCAUUGUCGAUGCACUUGUUCCUUCAGUUCUAUUCUCAGCCUUUUCUUCCUCUUCUCUUUUCUCCCAUUUUCAGAACUACCAUUUCGGAUACUCUCUCAUUGACAUACCCCUUCUAUCUAUUGCACGAUCACUUCUCAUUUUCUGUGUUUAUAGUUUUUGUGAUGGACCAAAGCUUUCACGUGGGCCUUAUCUGGGAGUGACCAUGUUAUGCUCUGUGAUGUCUCUGAUGUUUGUUUGCUUCAAAGUUGUUUACUUGUUUGGCUACGACACAAGUGUUGGAGAAACAGAAUUACUAAGGUACGACAGAGGCUCCCAGAUAACUCUCUUCGUGUGGUCGUGUUCUUUGGCAGUGUUACAUGUGGUUGUUGCCUACAGAACAAGUUGCAGAGAAAGAAAGAAGCUUCUGGUUUACAAAAUUGACAUUGAAGGUGUAAGAGCUUGUUCUUCUUCCUACUUUGUUUCGUUACAUGAUAAAACAGAAAAAGAAAAAGAUGAUAUUUGCUUGUUUUCUUGUAAAUGAUUGACCUACUUGUGCAUC